GCGGAUAACGGGGGAGGGGGAGAGGGAGCCGGGCUCGGAUUUCAGCGCGGGCGCCGGACGAUGGCAGCGAGACAGGGCAGGUCCGGUCCAGACCCUGCGGCCGACGCUGCUACCAGCUUUCUAAGGGCAGCAAGAUCAGGUAACUUGGACAAAGCUUUGGAUCACCUGCGGAAUGGGGUAGACAUUAACACCUGUAACCAGAAUGGGUUGAAUGGCUUGCACCUGGCCUCUAAAGAAGGCCAUGUGAAGAUGGUGGUUGAACUUCUGCACAAGGAAAUCUCUCUAGAAGCAACAACCAAGAAAGGGAACACAGCUCUGCACAUCGCUGCCCUCGCUGGUCAGGACGAGGUGGUCCGGGAGCUGGUCAACUAUGGCGCCAACGUCAACGCCCAGUCGCAGAAAGGCUUUACACCUCUGUACAUGGCAGCACAAGAGAAUCACUUGGAAGUGGUUAAGUUUUUACUGGAAAAUGGAGCUAAUCAGAAUGUAGCCACAGAAGAUGGCUUCACACCUCUUGCUGUGGCUCUGCAACAGGGCCACGAGAACGUGGUGGCACACCUCAUCAACUUCGGGACGAGAGGGAAGGUGCGCCUCCCUGCCCUGCACAUCGCGGCCCGCAACGACGACACCCGGACAGCUGCGGUGCUUCUGCAGAAUGACCCCAACCCGGACGUGCUUUCCAAGACGGGAUUCACCCCCCUCCACAUCGCAGCUCACUACGAGAACCUCAACGUGGCCCAGUUACUCCUCAACAGAGGAGCCAGUGUCAACUUCACGCCACAGAACGGCAUCACGCCACUGCACAUCGCCUCCCGCAGGGGGAACGUGAUCAUGGUGCGGCUCCUACUGGACCGCGGGGCCCAGAUAGAAACAAGGACCAAGGAUGAAUUGACACCUCUCCACUGUGCAGCUCGGAAUGGGCAUGUGCGAAUCUCAGAGAUCCUGCUGGACCACGGGGCCCCCAUCCAAGCCAAAACCAAGAAUGGCUUGUCCCCAAUUCACAUGGCGGCUCAGGGAGACCACCUCGACUGUGUCCGACUUCUUUUGGAAUACAACGCCGAGAUAGAUGACAUCACCCUGGACCACCUGACCCCACUCCACGUGGCAGCCCACUGCGGCCAUCACAGAGUGGCCAAGGUCCUUUUGGAUAAAGGAGCCAAACCCAACUCCAGAGCCCUGAAUGGCUUUACCCCCUUACACAUCGCCUGCAAGAAGAAUCACAUGCGUGUCAUGGAGCUGCUGCUGAAGACAGGGGCCUCCAUCGACGCUGUCACUGAGUCUGGCCUGACACCUCUCCACGUAGCCUCCUUCAUGGGGCACCUGCCCAUCGUGAAGACCCUCCUGCAGCGGGGGGCGUCACCCAAUGUCUCCAACGUGAAAGUGGAGACCCCGCUACACAUGGCAGCCAGAGCAGGGCACGUGGAAGUGGCCAAAUAUUUGCUCCAGAACAAAGCCAAAGUCAAUGCCAAGGCCAAGGAUGACCAGACCCCGCUUCACUGUGCAGCUCGCAUUGGCCACACAAACAUGGUGAAGCUCCUGCUAGAAAAUAAUGCCAACCCCAACCUGGCCACCACUGCCGGGCACACCCCCUUGCACACUGCAGCCCGAGAGGGCCAUGUGGAAACAGCCCUGGCCCUUCUGGAAAAGGAAGCAUCCCAGGCGAGCAUGACCAAGAAAGGAUUUACCCCUCUCCAUGUGGCGGCAAAGUACGGGAAGGUUCAGGUGGCAAACGUGCUGCUGGAAUGGGCUGCUCAUCCAAAUGCUGCAGGAAAAAACGGCUUGACGCCCCUACACGUGGCCGUCCAUCACAACCACCUGGACAUCGUCAAGCUGCUGCUUCGCCGGGGUGGCUCCCCGCACAGCCCCGCCUGGAAUGGCUACACCCCUUUGCACAUCGCUGCCAAGCAGAACCAGAUGGAGGUGGCCCGCUGUCUCCUGCAGUACGGGGCGUCGGCGAAUGCAGAGUCGGUGCAAGGUGUGACACCCCUGCACCUGGCUGCCCAAGAGGGUCAUGCAGAGAUGGUGGCUCUGCUCCUCUCUAGACAAGCCAAUGGCAACCUGGGGAACAAGAGUGGACUCACUCCUCUCCAUUUGGUAGCACAAGAAGGUCAUGUUCCAGUGGCAGACAUGCUGAUCAAACACGGUGUCAAAGUGGACGCCACCACCCGGAUGGGUUACACUCCACUCCAUGUGGCCAGUCAUUAUGGAAAUAUCAAGCUGGUGAAGUUUCUGCUACAGCACGAGGCAAACGUCAAUGCCAAGACUAAGCUAGGAUACAGCCCACUGCACCAGGCGGCCCAGCAAGGACAUACAGACAUAGUGACACUGCUUCUCAAACAUGGUGCUUCCCCAAACGAGGUCAGCUCGAAUGGAACCACACCUCUGGCAAUAGCCACGCGCUUGGGCUACAUUUCUGUAACAGACGUGCUCAAAGUUGUCACGGAUGAAACCAGUGUGGUGUUAGUCAGUGACAAGCACCGGAUGAGUGUCCCUGAGACAGUCGAUGAGAUCCUGGAUGUCUCCGAAGAUGAAGGAACUGCUCAUAUAACUAUAAUGGGAGAAGAACUUGCUGGCUCCAAGGCUGAGAGGCAGGAUUCCCGGGACAUGGAUGAAGAGAGAGAGCUGGUGGAUUUUGUGCCGAAGCUGGACCAAGUGGUGGAAUCUCCAGCCAUCCCGAGGAUUCCUUGUGUCACACCUGAGACAGUGCUAAUCAAAUCUGAAGAGCCAGAACAGGCAUCUAAGGAGUAUGAUGAAGAUUCACUCAUCCCCAGCAGCCCGGCCACAGAGACCUCAGAUAACAUCAGCCCGGUGGCCAGCCCUGUCCAUACAGGGUUUCUGGUGAGCUUCAUGGUGGACGCCCGGGGAGGCUCCAUGAGGGGCAGUCGUCACAACGGCCUGAGGGUGGUGAUCCCCCCUCGGACGUGUGCAGCGCCCACUCGCAUCACCUGCCGCCUGGUCAAGCCCCAGAAGCUGAACACGCCGCCCCCGCUGGCCGAGGAGGAGGGCCUGGCCAGCAGGAUCAUUGCGCUGGGGCCCACGGGAGCCCAGUUCUUGAGCCCUGUGAUUGUGGAGAUCCCCCACUUUGCCUCCCAUGGCCGUGGGGACCGCGAGCUUGUGGUGCUUCGGAGUGAAAAUGGCUCUGUGUGGAAGGAACACAAGGACCACUCCGGAGAGAGCUACCUGGAUCAGAUUCUCAAUGGGAUGGAUGAAGAGCUGGGGAGCCUGGAGGAGCUGGAGAAGAAGAGGGUGUGCCGAAUCAUCACCACCGACUUCCCCUUGUACUUCGUGAUCAUGUCGCGGCUCUGCCAGGACUAUGACACCAUUGGCCCCAAGGGCGGCUCUCUGAGGAGCAAGCUGGUCCCCAUGGUGCAGGCGACAUUCCCAGAAAAUGCUGUCAACAAGCAAGUGAAGCUGGCUCUGCAGGCCCAGCCUGUACCCGAUGACCUAGUCACCAAGCUCCUGGGCAACCAGGCCACGUUCAGCCCCAUCGUCACAGUGGAGCCACGGCGCCGGAAGUUCCACCGCCCCAUCGGGCUUCGGAUCCCGCUGCCCCCUUCCUGGAUGGACAACCCGCGGGACAGCGGGGAGGGGGACACCACCAGCCUGCGCCUGCUCUGCAGCGUCAUUGGAGGAACAGAGCAAGCCCAGUGGGAAGAUAUAACAGGAACAACCAAGCUCGUGUAUGCCAACGAGUGCGCCACCUUCACCACCAACGUCUCCGCCAGGUUUUGGCUGUCGGACUGUCCUCGGACAGCUGAAGCUGUGAACUUCGCCACUCUGCUGUACAAGGAGCUUACAGCAGUGCCCUACAUGGCCAAGUUUGUCAUUUUUGCAAAGAUGAACGACCCCCGAGAAGGGCGGCUGCGCUGCUACUGCAUGACGGACGAUAAAGUGGACAAGACCCUGGAGCAGCAUGAGAACUUCGUCGAGGUGGCCCGGAGCAGGGACAUAGAGGUUUUGGAAGGAAUGCCCCUUUUUGCAGAACUCUCUGGGAAUCUAGUGCCUGUCAAAAAAGCUGCCCAGCAGCGGAGUUUCCACUUCCAGUCUUUCCGGGAGAACCGUUUGGCCAUACCUGUGAAGGUGAGGGACAGCAGUCGAGAACCAGGAGGGUCCUUGUCAUUUCUGCGCAAGGCGAUGAAGUAUGAGGACACCCAGCACAUUCUCUGCCACUUGAACAUCACCAUGCCCCCCUGCACCAAGGGGAGUGGAGCCGACGACAGGAGGAGGACUUUGACGCCACUCGCCCUGAGAUACAGCAGUCUCAGCGAGUCCUCACCAGGCCUCCUCAGCGGGACAGACCGAGCAGAUAUGAAAAUGGCGAUUAUAUCAGAGCACCUUGGCCUGAGUUGGGCAGAGCUGGCUCGGGAGCUGCAGUUCAGCGUGGAAGACAUCAACAGGAUCCGCGUGGAAAACCCCAACUCCUUGUUGGAGCAGAGUGUAGCCUUGUUGAACCUCUGGGUCCUCCGCGAAGGCCAAAACGCAAAGAUGGAGAACCUGUACGCGGCCCUGCGCAGCGUGGACCGGGCCGAGAUCGUGAACAUGCUGGAGGGCUCCGGCCGCCAGGGCCGCAACCUGAAGCCCGAGCGGCGGCCCGCGGAGCGAGACUACUCGUCGUCGCCCUCCCAGGUGAAUGGUUACUCCUCGCUGCAGGACGAGCUGCUCUCCCCUGCCUCCCUGCACUACGCGCUUUCCUCUCCGCUGCGUGCAGACCAGUACUGGAACGAGGUGGCCAUGAUAGACUCCAAUCCCUUGGUGGUCAUGGAUCCUGACGCCAUGCUGGAGAUGUCUGACAUGCAGGUGUGGUCUGCGGGCCUCACACCCUCCCUGGUCACUGCUGAGGACUCCUCUCUGGAGUGCAGCAAGGCCGAGGACUCUGAUGCCACCAGCCACGAGUGGAAGCUGGAGGGGGCGCUCUCCAAGGGACUCCAGGGCCCCACGCUGGGCUCUCUGGACCUCGUAGAGGACGACACAGUGGAUUCAGAUGCCACAAAUGGCUUUACCGAUUUUCUUGAACAAAAGGAAGGUCAGAGGUCAGAAGAGAAGCUGCCAGGUCAUGAGAGGCAGGAGGACUCAACAGGUGUGAGGCAGGACUCAGAGAAUGAAGUGUCUCUUGUUUCAGGCCAGCAGAGGGUACAAGCCCACAUCACAGAAUCCCCCACCGUGAGUCUGGUGAUGGAGACGAGCCAGGACAGACUGCAGGACUGGGAUGGGGAAGGCUCCAUUGUCUCAUACCUGCAAGAUGCUGCACAGGGCUCCCAGCAAGAGGAGGCCACGCAAGGCUCGCACUCAGUGCAGAGAGCAGUCACCACCGUCACAGGGCUGGAGCCCCAUGGGUCUCAGGAGUAUGAGAAGGUCCUGGGGUCUGCAACUGAGCACUUGCGGAUAGAGCAGCCCGAGGCUGAGAGCCCCCAGGCUGACCGGGAACGGAGACGACAAGGCCACCAAGAAUGGGUGCAGGAGGCGGAGAGCACCUUCUCCGGGGUGGUACAGGGAAAUGAGCUUCAGAAUAUUCCAGGCGAGCAGGUGACAGAGGAGCAAUUCACGGAUGAGCAGGGCAACAUUGUCACCAAGAAGAUCGUUCGCAAAGUUGUUCGUCAGAUAGACUCGUCUGGUGCCGAUGACACCCAGGAGCACGAGGAGGUGGAGCUGAGAGGGAGUAGCCUGCAGCCGGACCUGAUAGAGGGCAGGAAGGGGGCUCAGAUAGUGAAGCGGGCCAGCCUGAAAAGGGGGAAACAGUGACCUCGAGCCCCUCCCCUCGGAGGGCCUCUUUGGAGGAUCACACCUCGACACCCAACCCUUGAACUCCACCCGCUCUGCCAUGCACACAGGAGAGCUGGACCGAGGGCUACAGAAGCGGCACACACGCUCCUCUAGAAACGCAUGGUCUCUGUAAGGGACUUCCUUUAGUCUCCUAUUCGCAUGAACUCAGACUGACUGUAGACGCAUGACCUGCAGUCCUCAAUCCUGCCUCUAGCGACAACGGACCUCUGUCGGGAAACAGGACAAAAGCAGCAAGAAGCAGGGAGAGAGAGAGGCAUGGAGAGCAAGCUCAAGGCAGUGAACAAGGGCUCUUUGGUGGCUGGGGAGGAUAUAUUUUUUUAAAUCGUUUUAAUUUUGACUUGUUACAGGGUACUUUUUUUCAACCUCAUCUGUGAGAAAUCCAUGUGGGCUUCCUGGAAAGAAAAAAAAGUGAAAACUAGGCAUGAAAUCAGUUCAGCACCUUAAUGCCAUGUCCUCAUCUGCCCGCCUCCCCACCCUCACACACCUCCAUUCCAUUGCGACAGUCCCUCCCUUCCGCAGGGGACCGCUCCUCCCACAAGCGCUACGUGACAUUCAGGACACACACAGGCACCUCUCCCCUCUACUCAGUAUACACACAGAUUUUACUGUGAUGUCCGAAGCUGUAUAGACUCUCCUGUGGAUAAACUGGAAUUUUUUUAUGUUGUCUCUCUCUCUCUCUGCCAGUUUCAGUAUUAAUCAUCUUCCAAUGGAAAAUCAUUAGCUUUAGAGUGCAUCGGGGUUCCUUGUGUUAGGGACUUGAGAAUCUGAGGCGAGGACCCCCAGGCUUAGCUGUAGGGCUCAAGGGGAGCCAGUGCCCCAUCUGAAAGGGUCUUCUCUCUCAGUUGGGGGAGGGCCGGUGGCUGUCCCAGGAUUGCACCAGCAUGUUCAGUAGAGAAGAGAUUUUCUAUAUCUUCAAGCACUUAUAUCAUAGUCUGUGUUCAAAGUGUAAACUGUACAGUAAUCAGCCUUGUGUAUAUGAAAACAAUAAAUACUAUGCAAACCAAUAGAA